UUGUGUGUGAUACUCUCAGUGAAAUGCCACUUUCAGAAUGGAGCUGCUAAUUGUUGUAAAUUCAAUCGCUGGGGUACAUUAGUAGCGGUGGGGAGCACCGAUGGACGAGUCUUCAUUUUCGAUUUCGUCACGAAGGGAAUAGUGAAGACAUGGACAGCUCAUGCUCUACCUAUUUCCUCAUUGUCAUGGUCCCGCGAUGGAAGAAAAUUACUCACUGCUUCGGCAGAUACGACCGUUGCCAUAUGGAACGUUAUCGAGGGUGCCAGCAUAAACGACAAUCAAGUGCUGGUAUUGCAACUGAACUAUCCGCCGUGCCUGGAUGAACUGGAGCCACGGUCCCAGCGCAUCAUUACAAACGAUAUCCCAGGUGCAGUUGAAGACGGUGUUUCUGCCAUAGCGUUUGAUCGUCGGGCGAAUUACCUUAUCACUGGAACAAACAAGGGAAAGCUUAUUGUGUACGAUGCAAAAACUCUGAAGAUGGUGUCUUGGGGGAGGCAAAACAGUGUUCAGCAGGUCAAACAAAUAGUUGUUCCAAGAAGGGGCAAUUUCAUCAUAACAAAUUCACAAGACAGAAUUAUCCGGACGUUUGAUUUGGACGACAUUCUAGAUUGUCAGAAUGGCUCCACAAUUGAGCCGAAGCAUCGUGUCACAGACAUUGUUAAUAAGGCUUCUUGGAAAGCAGUGUGCACAGAUAGUGAAGGUUAUUAUAUAUGUGGCGCUAGCACUAAAGCACACUCCUUGUACGUUUGGGAGCGAACUACUGGCACCUUGAUUAAAAUACUGCACGGAACUAAGGGUGAGUGCUUAAUGGACGUCCAGUGGCAUCCCAUACGCCCGGUUAUACUAUCGGUUGCUAAUGGCAUCGUGUCUGUAUGGACUCAGGCUCACGUUGAAAAUUGGUCAGCAUUCGCUCCGGAGUUCACCGAAUUGGAAGAAAAUGCGAAAUACGAGGAAAAAGAAGGGGAGUUCGAUCUGGAGGAUGAAGACGCUGAAGUGGACGACAAAGCAAACUCUCAGGAUUCCGAUGAGGAGAUUAUCGACAUAGAGUCAUUGAAACCAAAUGAAAUCCUUUGCAGCUCAGAUGAGGAAGACAACAUCAACAGCUUACUACCAGAUGUGACACUGAAAACUGGACCUCUAUGGUUCCUUCCAAUUACUCCAGAGUGUGACUCCACUGAGACUCUACCUCUUCCUGGCGGACAAUUCACAGACGGUCGCCGCGCUUCCAGUCAGAUUUUGAGCGCACUCGAAGAGGAAAGUCGGAAGAGAGCUCUACCGGACGAUAGUAUGAAGGCCCCAAUGAAGGGACGGAAGUUGAAAUAG